AUGUCUGAGGGAUCUAAGAGGCUAGAAGGAGAAGCAACAGCUACAAGUCUAACCAUACAACAACAGAAUAAGAAUUAUUUUAAGAGUGUGUCUGAUAAUAAGGAGAUUGCUAAAUUAGCUUCUUUACUGUCAACAUCUAUCAACUCAACCAAGAAGGAAAUAACAACAGCUUUAGAGAAGUUUUCUCACUACCAUUCUAUCUGGGCUAAAGAUAGAGAUGAUGAAUUGGAAGAGUUUAUGAAAGAUGAUCCUAAAUUAUCAGAAUUUGAAGCUAAGAUACACCAUUAUAAUGAACUAGAGAAACAGAUCAUGAGUGAACCUGAAUAUUAUGAUGUUGGUGCCAUUGCUCUUUAUACAGAAAAGUUAAAACUAGGAUUAACAACAGAAACUAGAGCAUGGAGAUUACACUAUGGUAAAGCUUGUGAUAAUAAAUACCAGAAUGAAAUGGAAGAGAUAUUCAACUUUAUUGAAGAUAUGACCAAACGUCUAAAUAGACCUAUUAAAGAUUUAGAUGAUAUCAGAUUCUCUAUGCAAGCUCUGAAAGAAAUUCGUGAAAAUGAAAUAAGAAUUGAUAUGAGCCUUGCUCCGAUUGAAGAAUCCUAUGCAUUAAUGAAUAAACAUGAUUUACCAGUGGUUAAAGAAGAUGCUGAGAAAUGUGACACUAUGAGAUAUUCCUGGGAGAAACUGAAUGCCCAGGCUUCAACUGUACAAUCUCAUCUAUUAGAAAUACAACCUAAUUUCCGUGGUAACCUGAUAGAGAAUGUAAAAAUAUUUAUUGAAGAUUGUGAUAAUUUCUAUGAUGAUUAUGACAAGAAUGGACCAAUGGUGCCAGGCGUGGAACCAAGAGAAGCCUCAGAUAGAUUGAUAGUAUUUCAAAAUCAGUUUGAUACAUUAUAUCGUAAAUACCAGACAUAUACUGGGGGUGAAGAAUUAUUCGGUCUACCAGUUACUGAGUACCCUCAACUCCAUACUAUCAGAAAGGAGUUAAAUCUACUACAGAAAUUAUAUGGUUUAUAUAAUGAUGUUAUUGAUACAGUACAUGGUUAUUAUGAUAUUCUAUGGCAGGAAGUCAACAUUGAGAAGAUCACUCAAGAACUACAGGAUUUCCAAACCAGGUGCCGAAAACUACCAAAAGCUUUAAAAGACUGGCCAGCUUUUGAUGAUUUGAAAAAGACCAUUGAUGAUUUUAAUGAAAUGGUACCAUUGUUAGAAUUAAUGGCUAAUAAAGCCAUGAAGAAUCGGCAUUGGCAGAGAAUGUCAGACUUGACAUCUCAUGUAUUUGAUAUUGAAAGUGAAGCCUUUACCUUGAGGAAUAUAUUAGAGGCACCAUUGUUGAAAUAUAAGGAAGAGAUAGAGGUAAAGAUUUGUUUA